CACCUUUCCCUUUUGGCUCUGUCAUAUGAAACUUGUGCAGCCUCACAGACGCAGCUGCGCAUGAACCAGAGGAAGACACCUGCUGCAAACACAAGUGGACAGCUCCUGAGAAAUGGCUGUACCGGCCCUGUUUCUCGUUUUCUGCGCCUCUGUUCUGGGGUUUUACGACGUUGGAGCAACAACAGACACCCUGAGCUCUCUGGAUUCUUCUUUCUGUCAUGGUGGAUUAGAGGUCAUCUAUCCACAACUGGACAUUGACAAUUGCCUGGUAAUUCCAAAGGACCUGAGAGAGAAAGUCAGCAGAGUUUGGAAAGUGCCACAGGUUUACUUCCCGGGAGCACAGAAGAGGAAGAGUUAUGUUCUGGUGAUGGUUGAUCCUGAUGCUCCAAGCCGCGCCAAACCAACAUCUGCUUCCUGGAGACACUGGCUGCUCGUGGACGUACAGGGCAGUGCACUCAGGAACGGACACGUAGAGGGGACGACCCUCACUGACUAUCAUCCUCCGACCCCGCCACAGAAAUCUGGCUUCCACCGCUAUCAGUUCCUGUUGUUUGAGCAGCUUCCAGGCGCACCGGUGUCACUCAGCGAGCGGGAGAAGUCGUCCCGCGGUAAAUGGGAUCUUCAGGCCUUCAUCACAAGGUUUGAUCUGGGGGAGCCUGUGGCCACUCUGCAGUUCUUCAAAGGGUGCAACAGGACAGGAACAGAGGAGAUGCGCGUCCCGGAGAAGGAUGCAUCUGGGGGAGCAGUGAAGAUUUGGUAA